UUAUAGAUAGCCAUACCGGAAAAAACAUUGCUUCGGCACUUUCAAACAUAUUUAAUGAGUGGAAUAUAACAAAUAAAAUUAUAACAAUAGUUUCGGACAGUGGUGCAAAUAUAAAACAUGCUAUAAAUGAUCAUUUACAAAAAUAUCACCACCCAUGUGUAGCACAUACCCUAAAUUUAAGUGUGAAUGAAGCCAUUAAUUAAAAUACUGAGUUUCUCAGGGUGUUGAAAAUAUGUCGAACUAUAGUAGGUCAUUUUAAACACAGUAAUCUUGCAGCAGAAAAAUUGAAAGAAUUUCAAAAACAAAUGAGCCUCCCCGAGUUGAAAGUGAAACAAGAUGUUAUCACUCGGUGGAACUCAAGUUAAACUAUGAUAGAAAGGCUCAUUCAAAUUAAAAAUCCUUUAUCUGCUGCAAUGUUAUCACUUCCACGAGCUCCAAAUUUCUUAACUGCAAACGAAUGAGAAAUGAUUACAGAUUGUGCUCCAAUUUUAAAACCAUUCGAAUAUAUGACAACCGAAUUAUCCGGAGAAAAAUACCCAACUUUAUCUUUAGUAAUACCACUUAUAAGAGGACUUCAACAUACGGUUAGAAACGUAAGACCAGAAACUGAUGCCGGUAUUUUACUAAAAAAUAGUUUAGUAGCUAUUGUCGCGAGGCGGUUAGGAUCUCUAGAAAAAGAUAAAAUUGUCUCAAAAUCAACUUUAUUAGAUCCUAAAUUUAAAAAAACUGCAUUUGGAUUGACAGACAAUGCCGAUAAUGCUGAGAAAUGGUUAGUCGCAGAGCUUACAUCAAUUAUUUCUUUUAAUAAUGACGCUGGUGAUAAUAAUAUUAAUAAUAUAAGCGAAA